AUGUCAUUUGAGUUUUCAGAGUUGACCGUCCAGCUAGCUUCUUCCUACGGUCUUCGUUUGGUUGUAGUCUAUCGACCACAGUCUGACUCUGAUGAUCACAGGAUCCCCAUGACCACGUUUUUCAACGAUUUUACUGACUAACUAGAAACGGUUAUUCUCUGUAAAGAACAGCUGGUGAUCGUCGGUGAUUUUAAUAUCCAUGUAGAUGUGCUUAGCAAUAGUGACUCAACCAAAUUUCGAGAUCUGCUGGAAUCUUUCUGCCUGCAACAGCAUGUGGUAGGUCCAACCCGUAUUCAUGGUCACACCCUGGACCUUAUCAUCACCCGCCAGUCCGACCAGAAUGUAAGAUCCACACCUCAAGUCGACUGCUAUUUCUCUGAUCAUGCACCAGUGCUGUGUCAUCUUCAUUCAAUGAAGACUUCUUUCUCCACCAGGACUCUCUCGUAUCGGAAAGUAAAAUUAGUGAACGUGGAUUCCCUGAAUGAUGACCUAGCUAAUUCUGAGCUGUGUAAAAAUUCCACCGGACGAUCUCGAGGAACUUCUUUUGUCCUAUAACAAAACCCUAAUAGCUGUGCUGGACAAACAUGCCCCUGUUAAGAAUCGAACGAUUGUUAUGCGUCCGCAAGUUCCAUGGUACACAGACGAAAUCAGACAAGCCAAGAGAGAGCGACGGAAAGCUGAAAGAAGAUGGAGAUGGUCGAAACUUGAUUCCGACUUGGCUGUCUUCAAAGUUAAGCGCAAUGCUGUCAACAAUCUUAUGAACAAGGCACGACAGGCGUUUUACACUAAACUUAUCGAGUAUAACAGCUGUAAUCAGCUGUUCAAUCAGUCGCAGGGCGAUGAGUUACCUCCGAAUCUGCACGUCCCCACUUUUGCAAACGACGUUGGAAAGUAUUUUGUGUCAAAGAUUGAUACAAUCCAGAGACAAAUCGAUGCUGAUAUUACAGAUUUAUUUGCCUCCGCAUCCACCCCUGCUGAUGGCUUUACUCGGUUCACUCCAUCGUUAUCUGCAUUCAAGAUCCUGUCUGCCAACAGUGUUAAGUCGCUUAUCCAUAACUCAACAUUAA